CCCUCACAGGAGAAGGGCCAAAUGGGGCACUCCACGCGUUAAUCUCUCCCAGCCGCCGCCGCGGCCUUCGUGGCUCAAUUUAUGCGCUCACGUUCCCGCUCCCGCCAUUCUCUUUGUGCCCUUCAACUUCUUGAUUGAUUAAUUUAGGGGCGAACACGCCCCUAACCUAGGUCAAUAUGGACGCCUCGAGACCAACUACACUUCUCACUUCGGGUAGCAUCGCACCCACUCUUUCCUUCAUAUCCCACAGCCGCCUCCUGUGUGAAGACAGAAUCCCUAUAAUGUCUCACUUCCGGUCCUGUUUCGUUCAGGCACACCCAAUUCCCUCCCUACUUCCUAACGCAUUGUGCAUACAGCCUCACGAUCCGCUUGUUGCUCUCCCCUCCCCAUUCAUAUUCAAUAUUCAUAUGAUUAACCAAGGGUUCAAUCUAACUCUGCAUGUGAAUACAUGGCUGGUAAUGAGGGCACUGCAUUUUCCAGAAGCAAGAUUGCACUGCCCACACACCCUCAGGUCUUCUCUUAGUCGCCUGCAGAAAGCUCGGUCUAUAAACCUCAUUGAUUUACUGCCCACUGUAGACUAUCGGAGAACCCGCUUAGUAGUGCGGCUCCGUUGGGAUGGCGGUCUGAAAGACAUAAUUGCUGGCACAAAUAGAGGCUUUGAGGGCGAUCCUCCCACAUCUGCACCCCUAUUGCGUGCAUAGGAUGCGCGCAACAGCCGCCUUCGCUUCUCUGUCCCCCGCGAUUGAUCAUCCCUCAAUUCGCAAUGAGAAUGAUUGCCAUGAUGCAGUCAUGAUUGAUAGAAACCCGGCCCGACUUGCCGCGCAGACCACAAAUGUCCUGGUCCAUCCGUUCAAGCCCCCCAUUUUCGAUUCUAUCUUCCCUC